AUGGAUUCCUCUUUACCACAAAAGUCUUCCGCAAACCUCUUUCAGGUGUAUUUGCGCCUGAGACCGCCUCCAGCUGGCGCAGCUUCGUCCGACAGAUUCGUCGAUGUCGAAGAGUCACACGAGAGCUCACAUCCGACCCAUAUCACACUGAACCCUCCCAAUGACCGCAAGCGCUCAACAGAGAAGUUCGCUUUCACCAGAGUCUUCGAGGAAGAGGCCUCCCAGCUCGAUGUCUUCCAUUGCACAGGAGUCGCCUCUCUUGUCGAGGGUGUCUUGGCCCCUCAUGGUGGACAUGGCACCGAUGCUUUGAUUGCCACCCUAGGCGUCACUGGAUCUGGAAAGUCACAUACCAUUCUUGGCUCGCGCUCAACACGCGGCAUGACACAGCUCGCGCUCGACGUUGUUUUCAGAUCAAUUGGCUCCAACAUGUACGAUUCACCGACAUUGGAGAGCUCUCUACAAUCCUCCGAUGCCUCGGAUGCUACCAUCAUAUCGGCACCGUGUUUCCUCGAGACUGUCUUUGCAGACUUCGGCUCCUCCCUCGGGGGAGGCUCAAGAGCGGGAACUCCGAUGCUUGUAGGACCCCCUGUUCAUUCCGUCGAUUUUCCCUUCCAGUCUUUCGCACGUUGCCAAAGGCAACAGCGAAUGCAGCCGCCGGUCGAGUUGACAGGUGUGCGCCUUGUGCCGUCGACACCAGAUCAUUCGCGGCGCAAGCCUCGCGAUGGCCUUUCCACGCCAGUGCGGGAAGAUUUCCAUAUUCACGAAGACGUCACUGAAAAGCACUUCAUGGCUGUGACUACAGCAUCCAAAGUAAAGAACACAGCUAAACAAUUAGUAAAGGGCGAACACUGUCCUCCUCCUACCCCUCGACGAGCUCUCCAACGACCCUCGGCUCUCCCCUCAGCUCCAGAUAUCAGCUCCGUCAACGUGUCUUCGGAUCCCGAUUGCGAUUAUGCCGUUGUUCUUUCCAUGUACGAGGUAUAUAACGACAAGAUUUACGAUCUCCUAACCCCGCCUAUCAAGUCCAACGCCACGAAAGAGUACCGGCGCCGGCCACUGCUCUUCAAAUCAACCGAGCAGUCUUCCGACAGAAAGGUUGUUGCCGGGCUAAAGAAGAUUGCGUGCACUAACAUGCGAGAAGCCAGUAUGGUCUUGGAAGCAGGUUUGCAUGAGCGUCAGGUUGCCGGAACUGGCAGCAAUAGCGUUUCUUCCCGCAGCCACGGAUUCUUCUGCGUUGAGGUGAAGAAAAGAUCCAGAGCAGGACGCUAUCGAUCUUGGGCUGGCAACACUCUGACCAUUGUUGACUUGGCUGGCAGCGAGCGUGCCCGAGAUGCCAAGACACAAGGCGCAACUCUUGCGGAAGCCGGAAAGAUCAACGAGAGUCUGAUGUAUCUCGGCCAGUGUCUUCAAGCGCAGAGCGGUAUGGGCAAUAGCAGCAAGCCUACUGUCAUGCCAUUCCGGCAAUGCAAGAUGACCGAGCUUCUGUUCUCUAACUCCUUCUCGGCAUCAUCUUCAUCAUCUGCGGGUGUUGUGCCUCGUCGGAACGCCCAGCGAGGCAUCAUGAUUGUCACUGCUGACGCACAUGGCGACGCGAACGCGACAUCCCAAAUCCUCAGAUACAGCGCCCUUGCGAGGGAAGUAACGAUCCCUCGUAUUCCCAGCAUUACAUCAACUAUUCUGGCCGACACACCCUCGUUAGCGCACCCGUCGUCAGGAAUGAGAUCCCCCGAUCUGCCUCCACAGCGCCGAGGAUACUUUGGUCAUGGAUCAUCUGGCCAUCGCAACUUUUCUCCAAAUUCCGAUAAUGGAGACAGAGUUCUCAUGGAGCACGCGGCUCUGGAAAUUGCUCGUAUGCAGGAGGAGAUUACCAACCUCCACGUCGAGCUGGACAACGAACGCGAGAUGAGAGUUAGCGCGGAAGCACAUCUACUCAGCAUGGAAGAUAGGCUGCUGGAGCUGGAGCAGACGGUUCGCGAGGAUUGUAUGGCCGAGUUCGACGCUCGCUUCGAGUUGGAGCUGGCCCGCUGGAAAUCAACUCUUGCUGCGGAGCAAGAGAAGGGCGAGGAGCAUUGGGACCGCAAGAUGGAGCUUUUUGAAAAGGGGCUUGGCCUAACGAUCGACGACGAGGCCAGCGAGGACAAAGAAAACUUGCUCGUCGAGGACCUCGAAGACGAGAACGAAAGACUUCGACGCGAGAACGAAAUCCUGAAGCGUGAGCUUGCGCAAAGAAGCCCAAGCAAGCGGAAGCCGCUCCAGGAACGCGAAGACUUUGGUGGCCGGAAAGGCGGCGCUACUGGUGUGAGCAAUUUGGGCCGAAAGAUGGAGCAACUACGCGUUAGCAACGAAAGUACAGGCGGCAGCUCAGGAAGCCCCAAAAAGAUGCGAAAGCUCGCGACGAAGCGGUGGGAGACGGUUGCCGACGAUGAUUUCUGA